AUGCACAUGUUUUUAAUUAUACAAGUUAAAGCGGAAGUCAGAAUGGAAGCAGACGAGUAAAAGUACCAGAAAUGAAAGCCAAUCUGGUGUUACUCCUGAUUUCAGUUUUACGUGGAUCUACUUUCAUGCCAGACCUCACUGGGCCCAGUAUGGCCUACUUAAAAUCUACAGUAACUUUUGAAUGUACGAUGUCAGUGUCAACAUCACCUCCGAUCUUCGAUCUCAUAAAGGACGAUGGCAAGAUACUUGCCACACGAGAUGAUCCACAAGAAGACCAACCAAUCAGAUUCUAUCUAAAAGUCAGCAUGGAAUCAGAGGGUGUGUAUUUUUGUAGGGUGACUUCGAGAGGACAAAAGAGCAUGAGCAACCCAGUGCACUUACAAGUAGUCAUCCCUGUUCAAGGAACCUACAUAGUUCCUGAUCCCGACCCGCCCGUCCUUUAUGAGAGAGCGGGACUUAUUCUGCGAUGUGAAGUAAAAAAAGGGACACAUCUGGAUUAUGAUUGGUACCACAACAAGCAGGAAGUGACUUCACCCUCAUCACUUUACCAUCUCGCAGAAAACACAAUGAGAGUGGAUAGCGCAAGUGAAAGGCAUGCUGGAACUUAUUCUUGUGUGGCCAAAAACAGGAUGAAGAAUAACACCAGAUACUCCAGCAGCAUGCCGGUUACAGUACAUGUAAAAAGUAAAUGUUGUCUAUAUGAAGAAAAAGUCUUGUUAAACCCUGAUCCCAAACUAAAGCAUUUAUAGGGUUGGUGGGACCAUCGUUUACUACAAGUUUACUUGUACUGAUAAAUAAAAAAAACAGUCCACUUAAAGAUUUAAGGGUAGUCAAUAUAAGGUGUGUAUCGAAAGGUUAACGUUAAUUAUAAAACGGAUAGUUCCGGUCCUAAAAUCUGAUUUGCUGAGUCGCGUUCGAAGCCGUUGUAAAAUCCCCGAUAAACGCACACCAAGGACCACCUCACAUCAUUCCAUAUUAAUACGCCACUAAAAAGAAAAAGUGAAUGUUAUUUUCGCCCUCAUGUUGCCUAGCAACACUGUUAAUCGAACUACCUUGCGUCGCGGAA